UUAAAUUGUCUGCUCACUUGUACUUUCUCUCUCUAAAAUUCUGCUCACAUCAGCUUCCAUUUUUUUCAGCUAAGACAUCUACCAUUGUCACACCUUCAAACUCUCUCUCCUGAACCCUAACCACCUCUCUUCCAUGACCAGAACCUCAAUCUACCUUCUCUGAGAUUCUCCCACUAAAAUUCUCUCUCGCUCUUAAAAAAAAAAAUGGGCUCUCUUAUAGACCUCAACCUCUUCCCUGACCCCAUCCCUGACCCCACCACAUCCACCGCCGCCGCCGCCGCCGCCGUCACAGCCAUCGUCCCUAAAAUUGAACCGAAACUCGAGCCGCUCGACGAACCACCUCAUCAAUUUCCCCAUUUUUCAAGCCCUAACCCAAUCAUUUCCUUCAAUUCUCAGCCAAACACUCCCUUUUCUGAUCCAAACACAGACCCUAACGCUCUCUCUCAAACCCCGGAAAACAAUUCCACCGAAGAAAACGACGUUUACUCUGAAUUCUACCGGGUUUCUGAGCUUUUCCUAUCUGCUUUCGGCAACCAGUCCGGCGAUGUCCAUGUUUCCGAUCCUGAUUCGCGGGCAAUCGUUCCAGUGCCGGCGGAGAAUCAGCUGUCCGUUGAUGUUGUUUCGUCGUCGUCGCGGAGGAGAAAUGCACGUUCCUCCGAAUUGGUUCGAAUCACAGAUCUCAAGCUUGAAGACCAGAGGUACUUCCGCGACGUCGUGAGGAGGACGAGGAUGCUCUAUGAUUCGCUGCGAAUAUUUUGGGUCGCAGAGGAGGAGAAGAGAAGGGGUGGGCUUGGAAGACAGGCUCGGGGCGAUUUGAAGGCCGCACAGGUGUUGAAGGACAAUGGUUUGUGGUUGAACCGCGAUAAACGGGUUGUGGGUUCCAUCCCAGGGGUUCACAUUGGGGAUUUGUUCUUUUUCCGUAUGGAAUUGUGUGUUGUUGGAUUGCAUGGUCAACCUCAGGCCGGAAUUGACUACGUGACCGCGAGCCAGAGCUCCAACGGCGAGCCAAUUGCGACGAGUGUCAUUGUGUCUGGUGGGUAUGAGGACGAUGAGGACAGAGGUGAUGUAAUUAUAUAUACAGGGCAAGGCGGGCAAGAUAAGCAUAAUAGGCAAUGUGUUCAUCAGAAGCUGGAACGUGGGAAUUUGGCGUUGGAGCGCAGCAUGCAUUACGGCAUUGAAGUGAGGGUAAUUCGAGGGCUUAGAUAUCAUGGCAGCCUUAAUGGUAAGGUUUAUGUUUAUGAUGGAUUAUAUAGAAUUAUUGAUUCAUGGUUUGAUGUGGGUAAGUCUGGUUUUGGAGUAUAUAAGUUUAAGCUUAUAAGAAUGGAUGGUCAACCCGAAAUGGGAAGUGCAAUUCUCAGGUUUGCUGACAAUCUGAGGACUAGACCGCUGACUGUUAGACCAAUGGGUAAUAUUAGUUUUGAUAUUUCAAUGAAGAAGGAAAAAGUACCAGUUUUUCUAUAUAAUGAUAUAGAUAGUGAUCAUACGCCGUUGUAUUUUGAAUAUCUUGUGACAACUGUUUUCCCCCCUUAUGCAUAUUAUCAGGGUGGUAAUGGUAGUGGGUGUGAAUGUGUUUCUGAAUGUUUGGAUGAUUGCUUGUGUGCUUUGAAAAAUGGAGGUGAGUUUGCUUAUGAUAGAAAUGGGAUUCUGUUGAGAGGGAAACCAUUAAUUUUUGAAUGUGGGACUCAUUGUCGUUGUCCGCCAACUUGUCGGAAUCGUGUGAGCCAAAAAGGGGUGACGAAUAGAUUUGAAGUGUUUAGGUCGAGGGAAACCGGUUGGGGAGUUAGAUCAUUGGAUUUGAUUCAAGCUGGUGCUUUUAUCUGUGAGUAUGCUGGAGUUGUUCUCACAAGGGACCAAGCCGAAGUUUUUACCAUGAAUGGUGAUAAAUUGGUUUACCCGAAUCGGUUUGCUGAGAGAUGGGCAGAAUGGGGGGAUUUGACAAGAAUAUUUUCUGAUUAUGUCCGUCCAGCGUAUCCAUCUAUUCCUCCUCUGGAUUUUGCAUUCGAUGUGUCUAGGAUGAGGAAUGUUGCUUGUUACAUGAGCCACAGUUCAACUCCUAAUGUUCUGGUGCAGUUCGUGUUAUAUGAUCACAAUAAUUUAUUGUUCCCUCACAUUAUGCUGUUCGCGAUGGAGAACAUCCCUCCUUUGAGGGAAAUCAGUCUUGAUUAUGGGGUGGCUGAUGAAUGGCUGGGGAAGCUUCGUAUCUGUAACUAACUAAUCCUUUAAGGUGUUGCUGCAUUUCUUUUUGUGGUGUGCUGCAGUAUUUGAGGAAUAUGAUGCACUGAGAUGGGGAUCAAACAAUCUGCUGGCAACAGUUUUGCAGCCCAGAUAUUGAAACUUUAUGGUCCUCAGAUUUUGCACCAAAUUCAGUUCUGUGAAUAUGGACUCUCCAGCACUAGAAUAUCAGAAAUUUCAGUCUUACCCUACACUGCAGUGGUGUCAUUUUGCUAUUUUCUGAUCUGUCAGUUCCUAGAUGCUUUAUAGACUUCCAUACAGUGAAGUAAAAGGGUAGUAAAUUGACUGGUAUUGAAAGAUCAUGCUCAGGUGCUAUGAUGCAGCCACCGGUGGUGAUUUUAUUAGAUGUCAUCCUUAAUUUAUCACGCGUUAGAAAGGAACUCCUGUACCAACAAAUAUCUCUGGGAAAAGAUGUAACGAGGUGAAUUAGGAUGCAAGUCUGCAAUAUAUGCAGAAGCAGAUAAAUGUUAUGUUUUCUUCGCCCUUAUAAUUGCUUUAAAAAAUGAUUCUGAAGAGAAGGAUGUAGAGUCUGUUUUCGGCUUCUUUGUUCCUAUUACCUAACCGGAUUGAGGCAAUCAGUAGCCGCUGUCAUGUUAUGGUAUGCCAAUUGAGCAGUUUUUUUCUAUAGAUUUCGUUCUUGUUUCUGCAGUUUCUUGAUAGGUGAAGACUCGGCCGUAGAAGACCUGUCUAAAAGAAAGGAGAUGAAGUUUGGCGGAGGAUCAUCUGCUGCAGACGAAGCAGAACCCUCUUUGGAAGAGAACACAAUUCCUUCUUCGAUCACAAAUGUUCCUGAUGAAGUGUUAGGUUGUAUGAGUCAAUCGUUUAUACAUUUAUGGCUCUGAUAAGAAGUCACAGUAAUAAUAUUGAAUCAUAGUAGCUGCAGUUUUAUCAGAGCAUUGGUCUCAUCUGAAGCCAAUUUUAUCAGUGAUUUCUAAGUUGGCAUUGUGACUUUCAUUUUUAUUUAUUUAUUAUUAUUAAUUUUUUAGUUUGGUA